AGAGCUUAUAGUUGUACCUCCACCCAAAACCCUCACUCACUUUCCUUUUCCUCUCUCCCACAUCUCGUUUCUCCUCUUCCCUCCAUUUUCACUUCCUCUUUCAAAAAAGCACUUAUUUACACAAAUUUUCAUCUUCAUAACAUGGACCAUCAACCUAACUCUCUUCUAAAUUGGGCUUACUUCUGCCAAGGAAAGUCAAUGGAGGAACUGAGACAAUCACUUCUAUACACAAGUCUAGAGCUUGAACAAACAAGAACUCUAGCUCAAGAAGAACUCACAAAAAAAGAUGAACAACUAACCAACCUCAAGGAUCUAAUCAGCAACAUCAUUCAAGAAAGAGAUGAAGCUCAAGAGAAAUGUCAAAGACUUCUCUUAGAGAAUCUACUUUUCCACCAACAGAAUGCUCCACUUUCUGGAGUUUCCAGCAUUGAAGAUGAACCAAUCACAACAAAAAGAUCAAUUGACUCAAACAACAAUGGUUGUUUCUCUCUGUCUUCAUCAGAUUGCGAAGAAAGCAUUGUUUCUUCGCCGGUUAUCGUCGACCAAUCCAUGAUUGAUAUACUAACACCAACCAAACCAUUGCCUGAAAAAGGUAAACUUUUGCAGGCAGUGAUGAAAGCUGGUCCUUUGCUGCAAACUCUUCUUCUUGCUGGACCACUUCCUCAGUGGAAACACCCUCCUCCACCUCUUGAGUCCUUUGAGAUUCCACCUGUCUCCAUACCUAAGAUCCUCCAUCAAGAUUCAAUUUUUAGUCCCAAUAUUGAUACUACUAAUGCUAAUUCUCAGUGUGGAAGAGUAAAUAGGAAAAGGGUGUUUUUUGAUGACUCUGAUUCUCCUAAUCAGAAUAAGUACCAAAGGGUUGUACUUCACUGAUUUCUACUCAGAAAGAUUUUACCAUAUAGAUUUUAAUUUAGUUAUAUAGUUCAAGUUUAAAUGAGUUAGGUCAAUCUGGUUUUAACAAAAAAAGAUUACUCGAGUUUCAACAAAAUUACGGUAUCGUUAUGAUUCUGUCAAAUUCACUGUGAUUGCAAACAUUGCAGAAUCAUAGGAUUUUUAAGGUUAGAGGACUAAUCUAGUAUAUGUAUAGUGUGUUUUUUGAUUUAGGUUUUUUUAGGAGGAAAUAUUUGGGGUGAAGAAUUUGUCAAAUCUUCACAAUCUUACUUUUGCUUUUUGAUGCAAAAGAGGAUUUGAUUUUGUUUGAAGUUAUUAUUGUGCAACAAAGAGAUGUUGUGUGUGUGUGUUGUGUUUGUGAGUGAGAUUGAUGUAUAGGAUGAGAUGAUGAAAAAUGAAGAGAAAAAUUGGGUGUGGAGUGGUUGGUUUGGGAGGUGAGUGUGACCAACAACAACCAAAAAGCUAUGGUCUUUGAGGUUUGUUUGUUGGUUUGGGGUGGACCCAAAAGUUAGAAUUAGUAUCUAUUACUGGUGUUAUAUGUAUGAUUAUGUUAUGCUUUUGCUAGAUAAGUUAUGAUUAUUCAGAUCUUAACUUUUCUUUCUUACAUCAAUAGAAAUAUUAAUCUCUA